GAGGCGUGGCUGGAGGCGGGCUGGAGCUGGAACGCUCACUGCGUGUGCCGCCAGCCCCGUGAGCGCCCCGGAGUCACCCAACAGCAAUUGCAGCCGAAGAUGGCGCCCGUGUCCGUCCAGCAGUUUGAGAAAGCCGUGGAGGGGCUGAAGAAAAUGGCGAAGGAGCAACCGGCCGAUGUCGUGCCCAUGCCUGCCGGGGAGAAGAAAGAGAAGAAGGGCCUAUUCGGUGUGAAGCACGCCCACACAGAGCUCCUCGAGCUGUGCAAUAUGAUCUACGACGAGGGCUUCAAGUACUCCGACGGCACCGUCGCCAUCCCCUUCGGCAUCCUCUUCAAGGUGAGGGAACCAACAUUGAGGGUGACGGACAUCCAGAGCGCACGUCGGGCCCAGGCAACUAUAAAUGUACAGCACAUCCACCUUGACUGUCGUUUCGUCACCGACGUGUGCAACUGGCCAACGGAAAUAAGAAUCUCGUCCAGAUCAGAUAGCACGAGAGCGAAACAACCUAUCGGCUCAAGCCCCAUCAACAUACUUUCCGCAGGUCAUGCAUCGCCCCAUUGAGUCAGGACUGACCGCUUCAAGCACACACUUCGUUCCAGGCAGUUAAGCACGCGUGAAUGGUGCGGUUGAAACAAGGAACAUGAGCUGCGUAUCGCCUCGGCAGCCUUACCUCGCCAAAGCAGC